AUGCAUAGCCCCAAGGGCUUUCCAUGGCCGCUUCGGUCGCGCUGCCCCUGGAGAGCCCACAUUCGUGCUGAUCUCCCUCGUCCUGCAACCUGCAACGUGCGGGCGAAGUGUGUGCUUUACAUAGCAUUGCAUCGUGAGUGGGGCCCCGCGGCAUCGAGGCUCGACCUGAAAACGACCAAGGCCUUGGCGAGCCACGGGAACCGUGUCAUCCAGUGCUACGCCAGCGGCGAGAGGUCGACUAAGUCGUUUGAGCUUUCCUCUCUCCUUAUGACAGCAACCGUUGACCAUCUCGCUGCGAGUCGUCCGAUGUUGCUCGGACGCACGCUCAAGGGUCGAUCAUUUCAUGUCCUGCUUUUCUUAGUGAAAGCAGGUCCGGUAUCGAUAGAUCUGAGAAGUGUAGGAGUUCUCAUUGAUCUUGGCCCUCAGGCGUCCAUGGAAUCCCGAUCAGGGCCACCUGUUGAAGACCAGACUGAAGAGGCGCGUCGGUUAUGGCGAAAGCGAUCUCUUCAGAAGCCCGACGUUGCGAGCCGAACCCAGGUCAAGGUUGGCGGAUACUCUGGCGAUCAUCUCGAGACAAAGGGAUAUCUCGACGCAGGCGCGGUUGAUCGGUCCCCUUCCGGUAGACUGCUUAUUCGAUGCAUAGAAGAGCGAUCAGCUGAUGAUAGCGACAGUAGCAAGUGCAGCAAGGUAUUCUCGCUCGGCUAA